GAGAUAUCAGUAUCACUAGUUUUUUGAAUUUGGUUUUAUCCUUUUGAAAUUCUGCAACUCUAUCCACAUUCACUCAUAUUCUGUGGUUUCUCACACCAUUGUCUUCUUCUUCUCCUUGCCACCAUUCAUUGAAUCAUUGUUGUUUCUUCUGCUAUCAAUGCUCUGCUAUUUCCCGCCAGAUUUUGGAUUGUGAACUGCUUUCAUUUAUUAUCACUUUGUCUUUUGUGUUCAAUGGAGACAUUCAAUUCUUCUCAACGAGAGAGCAUUGUGUUAGGGCAUAACAAUCUCCUAAUUCGGAGGCCGUCGGAGAGGAAUUCCGACGUGGAUUUCAACGACGUGUUUGGGGGACCGCCGCGGCGGUCGACGGUUAACAGCGAAGGUGUGAGCGGGGAAGAAGGUGAAGAGAAACCGGUGUUUGGCGGAGAGGAUAACGGAAGCAGUAACCGGAGGCGAUACUACGCGAGCAAGAGCGAUGAUUUCUAUGACGAUAUAUUCGGAGGAGAUGAGUGUCGGAGUGCGUGUUCAACGCCGAAGAGGCGCGAUUCUGCUGGUGCUGACCCGUUCAGUUCCGCCGCAGUGUUGAGCCCCGCCGCACUUGAACCUCUUGCUUUUUCUCUCCCUCCAGUUUUCAGCCUUCCUGCCAAAUUGACAAAAGGGGUGGAUCUUCGAAGAUUGGGCUCUCCAACUAGUAGAAACAUCAACGAUGGUAUCACUGCUUCAAAUCUAUUAGUUUCUCCAGAUUCUCAUUCCUCUAGAGUUUCAACCGUGGCACCCCAACGCAAGGAGUUGAAAAAUGAUAUAAAACCACCUUACAGGCAAAGUAUUCUAUCACAGGAGUUUUCAAAUCUGAGCACAUCUGAUAAAGCAGACAAAGGAAUUAGCAACAUGAAACAAGAAACAUCUGUUACUGAAGUUUCUCCUAAUACCUUCCAUUUCUCAAUAUACAAAUGGGCAAGUAAAGGGGUAGUGCCGGUGGUUAUGCCUCUUAGAACAGAAAGAAUCUCAAGGAUGAAAGAUAAGGUUAAACAUGAGAGAUGCUCAAGCACUGAGGAUUGGGUGGUCAGUGACAUUACCACAGAAAAUGAUAAUCCUGUACCACAUAAUGGUUCCUCUUUGACAGAAAACGGAAAACAAAAUGUGUCAACUACUUCUGCAACUGAUUCAGACCAGAUUGUGGAACAGAUAGUAUCUUCCAAUGCUCAACCGGAUACAUUAAGCAGUGCUCAAACUAUUAGUAAAAAUGUCACUGAAGCAGAAUCAAGUACUCAUUCUAUGAGUGAGAUGAACUACAAUGGAAAAACUGAAGCAGGAAUUGGAACUCAGAAGCUUGGAUCCAAAUCUUUACAUUCUCUGAUCAAUCAAAGGGAAGAUUAUGGUGAGAAGACUAGCAGGGAAAGAGAAGAACACGUGACGAAAAGCACAAAAAAGUUGUCUUCAACUUUUGAUGUUACCAUGAAUCCAAAGAAACCAUUAAGAAAGAGUUUCUCCUUGAGAGAUGGAGGACAUAGUAAAGCUACUUCCCAAGUUUCAUCAAGCUUAGGUGAGAAUAUGGGUAAAGGCCGAGUUAAAGGAAAGGUCAAAGACUUUGUUCAGAUUUUCAACCAAGAACCUGUAACAAAACCCAAAGUUGAAUCCAAAUCUCGAUUUCAGAGUUCUUCAUACAAGCAGAGACGAGCUUCUCGGACAAACAAUAAUGUGGAAGAUGAUCCUGAACAGUCUACGACGGAGAAGUCUGCCACAGAUACCGCCAAUGUUUCUGCUAAUAAUUUCUCUCAGCAGGAUGAUAUCUCAGCGUCAGCUAUUCCAGACAUUUCAUUCACUGUUAUCGGAGAUAAAGACGAGUCCUUCCAUGAUAAUUUCACGAUACAAGUAUUAGACCAAGAUGAUGGCGAGGCCUUACAAAACCAAGAAAAACAACAACUCCAAGUGAUUGACAACAAGAUACAACAAUGGUCUAAAGGGAAGGAAGGAAACAUGCGCUCGCUGCUAUCAACAUUACAACACGUGCUUUGGCCGGGGUCUGGCUGGAAGCCUGUGCCACUUGUUGAUAUAAUUGAAGGGAAUGCGGUGAAAAGAUCUUAUCAAAGAGCUUUACUCUGUCUGCAUCCAGAUAAGUUGCAGCAAAAGGGUGCUACUUCAGACCAAAAAUACACUGCAGAAAAAGUUUUUGAUAUUUUACAGGAAGCUUGGACACAAUUCAAUAAUGUCGGUGCUCUAUAAUUUCUGUCAAGUAACCAAUAUUAAGGAAAAGCUCUUGUUGAGGAAGUGCAAUACCAUCUUGAGGACUGGAAGUGUGAGGUUUACUUUAUAUAGCUGUAGCAAAUUUCGUUGCAAUAGAAUACAGAUGACUGAUUCCACAGAUAUGUAAUUUUCCUCUCAGGUGUGCAUACACAAGUAUUCUUUCUUUCUUUUAAACAUAUAAAGCACAGUAAAUAUCAUGUACAGGGAACGCCAAGAAACUGAGUUCACGCUGUAGUCUUUGUAUCCGCUUUAUCUCUCAUUUUCUUUAUAUUUGUGAUUUGUGAUUCUAUA